CGUAUGUGACCUGAAUGCUGGGCAUGAUUUAGUAAUGGAAUGAGACGCAAAACUCAUUCAAAGCUCAUUCACUCGCACUGUAAGCCAUCGCACUCAAAGCAGCGCAAAACUCUGCGCUUCCCUGCACCAAACAUUCUGGUGUUCAUUUCUUCUUUAUUUUUCUUUGUUCAUUUUUUUUUCUUUAAAAAAAUCGACGAGGAUUGGGGAUGGGAGAAAUCAUGGAUUGACCAUUUUUCUCGGGGUGUCGGAGGCUAAAGACGCACACGCCGGCCCAUGGGCGUUCGUUUCAGCACCCCAGCCCUGAAUCUGCCGUGUGGGGAAUAUUGCCCUGAUAGAUCGGGGUGGCGGAUAGAGACGGGGCGCGAGGGAUAUGGCAACAGCGUCUCGAGGCUACGAAAGUGGAUUCUUACAACAUUUGUGCUGAGGGGAUAUUGAAAGUAGCCCUAAUAGUUUACUGCAGCAUUUCACAUUCGACUGCAGUGGAAGAUACUCAGCAGCCAGUAGCGAGUAGGGCGCUCACCACUGCAAUUUCUGGGCAAAGACUGACUGGCGGCGUCUUGCAGAUACCUGCUCGUGUCCUCAGAGGAGGCAGCGUCCACGACUUUCCCUGCAUUUUUCGCUGCGCUUCGGAAGAAUGCAGUUGAGGGAUCUGUAUUAACCCAGCAGCAUUACGCCGUUUCCGGUUCCCAGCUGGUGUUUCCCGAUUGCAAAUCUAUCGGAAAAAAGCAGCGGUUCCCGAUGGCAUGGACACUUACGCAAGGUCUGCCGCGCCGCCGUGCUACUGGAGCCUAUUCGCAGUCUCUUCAGCCUUCAACCCAGCUCCGCCGCCAUCGCCCCGCAGCCCUGCCGCAACGCGACCACCGACCAUCGAGCCAAAGCUGGCGGCAUGAGGAGGCUUGAUUCGGUACACUUAUCCAUGCUGCUCAUCGGGGUCUCCUUCGCCUGCUACUCCCCGAGUCUGAAUUCCCUGCAGGACCAGGCUUACAGAUCCGCCGUGGUGAUUGAGGGCAAGGUGCAGUCCGCGCCUCAGAACGUCUCAGCGGAGCCGUACAGUGUGAAUGUCAAAGUCCUGUACGUUUGGCCGCGAAACAGCGGGGGUUUGGAGCGGGAUCAACUCGUCACCGUUGGGGAAUUUGGCUCGGAGGCUCCGUGCGCCAAAGUGAAGAAGAAUCACAAGUAUAUAUUUUUCAUGGACCCAACUGAUGAACCCUUGGUUUUUAAAGCGUCGUUUGCGCCCUUAGAUACAAGUGCGAAGAACCUGAAAAAAGAUGUUGGGAGGAUCUUAUGUGAAGACUGCGAUGCUCCUCCCUCACUGAAGCGCAUGAAAAAUCCUGUGUUGGUGGACGAAGGAAGCAGGCUGAUUUUGAGGUGUGGGGCCUCUGGCAAACCCACCCCGCAGUACAAGUGGUACAAAGAUGGCGCUGAACUGAAGAAGAGCAAAGAGAUCAAAAUUUCCAGGAACGGCAAGAAAACUUCCAAAGUUCAGAUUAGCAGUGCAAAGCUGGAGGAUUCUGGGAAUUACACAUGUGUGGCAGAGAAUAGUUGGGGGAAGGAGAAUGGCACCAGUACAGUGCACGUACAAAGCAUAACCACAACGUUAUCUCCGGGUUCGGGUCACGCCAGAAGAUGCAACGAGUCCGAGAAGGCGUACUGCGUGAAUGGCGGCGACUGUUACUACAUACAUGGUAUAAAUCGGCUAUCCUGCAAAUGUCCGGACGGAUACUUCGGCAAGCGGUGUUUGCAGACAGAGCCCCUGAAGUUAACAAUGCCUGAUAAAAAGGCAGAGGAGCUCUAUCAGAAGAGAGUCCUGACAAUCACCGGCAUCUGUGUGGCUCUUUUGGUGGUGGGCAUAGUCUGCGUGGUGGCCUACUGCAAAACCAACCUCCCCCCCAGGAAACAGAGGAAGAAGAUGCACAAUCAUCUGAGGCAGAACAUUUAUGUGGAUCAUCCCAACCGCAACCUUGCCAAUGGACCCAAUCACCCAGGCCCUGGUCCUGAGGAGAUACCCAUGGUAGAUUAUAUUUCCAAAAAUGUUCCGGCGACUGAGAGAGUCAUUGGACACAGAGCAGAGGCACCUUUUCCUGGCAGCCGGCAGUCUUCCAGAUCUCACAACUCCUCCACCCGGGCUCAUUCUUCCACUCACAGACAUGAAGGGAGAACGUGGAGUCUGGAGCGAACAGACAGCGUCCUCUCCGACUGUCCUUCCGGCAUGAUGUCGUCCUCAGUGGGGACCAGUAAAUGCAACAGUCCUGCGUGCAUGGAGGCACGGGCCAGGCGUGCCGCACACUGUGGCUUUACUGAGCCCCACCGGCCGGCCCUGCAGUAUGGUGACUCUUUCGACUCGCUCGGGGACUCUCCGCAUAGCGACAGGUACGUGUCGGCGCUGACCACUCCGGCUCGUCUGUCUCCCGUGGACUUCCAUUACUCACUGCCCCCGCAGGUGCCUACUUUCCAGAUCACGUCUCCCAACGCCAGCCACGCCAUGUCUCUGCCCCCUGCCGCCCAUGCUCCCUACCCGCCGGAGGAGGACCAGCCACUGCUGCGGCGCUACCAGGUGCCCCUUCACGAGGCGCGGGGCCACGAGCCCUACCGGCAGCAGCAGCGUGGCAGCUACCUGCGAGACAACACCGGCAGCCUUCCCUCCAGCCCCUACCGGCUGGCUCAAGAGGAAGUGUACGAAAGCACCCAGGAGUACCUCUCCUCGAUGGAGCAACCAAAGAGAAGCAGUCGGCACUGGCACAGGUCCAGACUCAACGGCCACGUGGCACCACGCGGCUACCACCCCUCCCGGGACUUAGGCUCGCGCAGCUGCCUGUCGGACUCAGAGGAGGAGGAAGGUGAGAGCACGCCCUUCCUCAGUAUGCAGAACAUGAACGCCGCCGAGCCCGUCACCCUCUACAGGCCCGUGCCCGACACGCAGACUUCUCACGCCCAGAGCGGGCGGCACGGGCCUCGCACCAACAAACAAACCAGACUGACGCACACGCGCUCCAAACUGGACAAUGCACCUCACUAGAGAGACCGCCACCUAUCCACAAAAAAAAAAAAAAAAAAAAAAACGAUCUACUAUAGACAUGCACCUAUAAGAAAUAUUUUUAUUUUCUAUAACUGACAGAUAUUAUAAACAAAUGAAAUAUUUAUUUUCAUUUUAGCAAACGUUGUCUACUAGUUAACAGCAAAGACUUUUUUUAUAGGGAAAACUCUAUUUAUAUGUACAUUUUGAUUUACAGCAUAAAAAAAAAAAAAAAGAGAUGUGCCAACUUUUUCACAACUUAAAAAAUAUCGAGUAAUAUUGUGGUGCCUUUUGCUGUAUGCUGAGGGCCAGAGGGCCAGUGGAGUUUUUUGUAGCCUUUCUUAUACGGACGCCUCAUUUUUUUAUACUCGUUUACUCUUAAGUUGUCUCUUUUUGGCCUUUUUUCCUUACUUUCCUUUCCAGGUUAUGUUCUUUUGGGAGCUGACCCCCAUCUGAACUGUGACAUCCACCCCUCCCACCGUCAUGCAAUAUAAACCACUCUGACAUAAGGUGUAUGUUUACAUGAAUUUGAUCUACAGAGAUGUUUUAUGAUCAUGUUGCUUUGCCAACAGGAAAUCAAUAACAAAUGCAAUGGGGGGGGGGUUCAGAAAAAGAGUACAUGAGUGCGCGAGUGAGAACGACCAAACGCGAGAGGCCUCAAAAUGACUGUGGCUCUGAGAAAUAUGCUGCUGUUGUUUAGAGUUCCGCAUGCGGGCACUUGAUGUCAUCUUACAGAUGCACCGCCUUGACUUGCUUUGCAUCCUUACAGGGUAAAGAUGCGGUCACGUUUACCAUUGUUCGGGCAAAAAUUUGUGCCCCCAAAAUUUCGCUUAAUGUGCCCGCACCUUAAGGUUUGUCACACAGAAGCCUUCUUUUUCCAAAGGGGAUUGUGGGAUAAAUGUGAGGGGGGCCGUGGGCCGUGCUGUCAGUGCUAAUAGCUUUUGACAGAUAAGAAAGCGUAAUAGUCUCUCCCACUCAGCCCACUUUCCCGCCACUCAGUCAAAUCGGCCUCAUUAUCAGCAAAUCCAUCCGGUUAGAGCGGCCAGUGGAGAGAUAGAUGGGAGGAAUGGAAGGCCUCACAGCGUCUCAGGACUUCAUUCCACUGUACAUCUUCCUCUAGUGCAGGACUGAAGAGAGACUGACACCAGGCUGAUAGAUGUGUCCGCUCUACCAAAUGGUCCUGGUACUUUGGGACAGGGAGAGUAACGGGACUGUUCACACAGGACAUGUUCUUACACAGUUUUUUUAUCGUUGCUUUCGUUUGUUGUAUUCCAUUCCAGUUUUUACAUACACACAUACAGUAUAUAUUAUAUAUAAUAUUAUGAUGCUUUUAUUAUUAUUCUAUUAUAAAAAUUGUGCACGUGCACUUUUUUUCCUUUUUUGUGUGCCAUGAAUAUCACGUUUUCGCAAGUUUAACUCUGACAUGCAGCGGAGUGGAUGGGUGUCAGUGAAAACUAAAGAAAAUAAUAGACCGAUUAAAUUAAUACGACGGUGUGAUACUCAUGUUUAUAUUUUACAGCAAUUUAUGAGUUGGGUUAAGAUACUCUUUUUGAUUCUGUGCAUUGUUUAGCUUUGUUUUUAAUGUUCAGAUGUGUCCUGUGUGAACAGCCCUAAAAAGUUUCAUCGCACACAAACACAGUCUCAAACGACAAGACAAAUAGCUGUGAAAAUGAUUAGGGGUCAUUAAAAUACCAAAAUAUGCAAACUUUAUAUUCUGCUUGUGUUCCAAUGCAUUUCACUUUUUUGUGUGUGUGUGUAAAUUUCCUGUUGAUGUUUAACUUUCUCAAUGUUUUUCAUUAUGUCCACAUAUUUCAGAAUUAUUUAAUAUAUUCACAGUUAAUCUAAGACACUAAAUAGUGCAGGUCAUUAUUAUUAUUAUUAUUAUUGUAUAUCAAAUGCUAUAUCGUCAGUUUAUAAUUUUUCUUUUUUUACAUGUAUAUGUGACUCCAUGUCCAUUUUGAAGCACUCACUGGGCCCAAACCAAACCAGAAGCAGCUGCACUGACUGAUUCUGUUUGGAGUUAGAACCAGUCAGUAUGGAGCAGCGUGAGAUGAAGUGAACUAAAAUCAGCUGUUUUUAACUCUUCACCUUCUUAGAGCAUCCACAGUCAGCAUCAGCUUGCCUUCUUGUUAAAGAUGUCAAGAAUAAUAUGUUGAGAGAGGUGAAGUCCAUUGGUUUUGGCACAGAAAACCAACACUAAAAGAAAUGGAGGAAGAUUAGAACUAAACAGAUACGUGAUAAAUGUGUUCAUGCACUUCUUCCAUAAGAAAAAGAGAUGAAUCAUGAUUAUUUUGUGAUUUUAUCCUAAUAAAAUGGGUUUCAUGCUGUGUUAUGACAGCACAAUGAAAUAUCAGUUUUUAUUUUAAAUGAAGAGAUGUUUUGUUUGAAGUCUGAGCAAAAGUUAUUUCGAUCCCCUACCUUGCUUCCUUACAUUUUGGGUCUUAUUUGUAUGUUUGAGAAAUGCCCAAAAGACAAUGCUCUAGUUAGUUUAAAUGUGAUAUUGCUACUAAACGGUUAUGUCCUGCCAGUUUAUUUCUACUUUUCAUUUCCCCCCGGAUUGAAACGUCUCAACACCUCACCUCUGCAUGUCCUUGUGGUCAAGGUUAGAUGGGUGCAUGGUACAAGCAGCAGAUGAUUUUUUUUUUUUUCCUCAAGUCAGUGGAAGUGUAUUUUUAUUUUUUUACAUUCAGCAAUAAAAAAGGAAUAUAUCCCCCCCCACCAUGUCCAUUCUUGGAAAAUGCUAGAGGAUUUAAAAAAGUGCGACAAACGCACAUGAUUGUCAUAGAUUGUAAAAAUAAAACGAAAACACCUGUUCAUAUGAGAAAUCUUUCUUGGUGUU